UUAUAUACGUUUUCAGUUACAAUACUGGUAAAAAUGUGUCAUAACACGUGACGAAGACAAUGUUUGGUUGUGCGACUAUACUUGUCUCUAUAACGUGAGUGCGUCGGCUAAAAUGCUUGUCGAUGGCGAUCCAUUGGCGAUUUUAAAACAGUGUUUCACCAUACAGCAAAGCAGCCAACUCGAGUUACUCAACCAGUCUACUUAUCAGACUUUUAGUUUUCGUCUCUUUUAGUUGCUGUGGGCCGCCGGUGUGAUAGGUUGUGGUGAAUAACCGUGUGCAUUAAGCGUGUUGUACGUGUACAGCAACCAGUUCACGGGCAGACGAAUUACAAAAUACCGCAUAAAUUAUUUACUUCACAAGGAUAGAAUAAAUAAAUGGCUGCUAAAGAAAAUGAAAAUGGCGUAAAAGGAUUCCAAUUUCGCAAACAUGUAGAAAGAACUAGAUGGGAAAGUUUCUACACUGCAAUCUAUAAUCCUUCAACUAAAGAAUUUCUUGGAAGAACUGGAAAGAGCUGGGGACAGCUUUUGCUAUUUUAUUCAAUAUUCUACAUAAUUCUGGCAGCAUUAUUUGCAAUAUGCAUGCAAGGACUUUUGGCAACUUUAGAUGACAGAGAACCGAAAUGGAAAUUGGAGCGAAGUUUAAUAGGUACAAAUCCAGGUUUAGGAUUUAGACCAAUAUCAAAUAAAACAGAAGAAGGGUCGCUGAUUUGGUAUAAUCACAAGAAUGACACAAGUAAACACAAAUGGGUGGAACUUAUUGACGAAUUUUUAACACCAUAUAUGCAAGAACAGAAUGGAAAGAAUUUUGAAAUCUGUGACUUCAAUAAACCUGCAAACGCUAGUAAAGUGUGUGUAGUUAAUUUAAAAGACUUUCUUGAUUGCUCAAGAAGCAAGUUUUAUGGAUAUAAUAGUACGUCACCGUGUAUUUUUUUGAAACUAAAUAAAAUAUUCGGCUGGGAGCCAAAAUACUUUACGAAUUCUACGUCGGAAAUGCGUGAAUACAGUACCGAAUUUGCAGACGCAGUUGAUGCGGAACCUGGUAGUUAUAUUUGGAUUAGUUGUCAAGGAGAAAAACCCGUCGACAGAGAAAAUGUUGGUGGAUUCAAUUAUUUUCCAAAACAAGGUUUCGCAUCAUACUAUUUUCCCUAUACUAAUACGCAGAAUUAUCUAAGUCCUCUUGUGGCUGUGCAGAUAGUAAAUCCAACACCGAACUUAAUUGUAAGCAUCGAAUGCAGAGCUUGGGCCAAGAAUAUAAUUUACCAAGGGGGUGACCUCCAGAGAGAAGGAUCUGUUCAUUUCGAAAUUUUAUUAGAUUAAAGAUCAGUUUCGUAAUAGCUUGUUAAUUAAUUUAUAAUUAAUUAUUGUGCCUGGCCUAGUACUUAUGUUUCAUUUCUUGUGUUUUGUUUUAGUGUAGAAAUAUUUAGAAGUCGUUUUAUAGUUUUUUACGUUCGUUAUGUUGAAAAUUAGAUUGAAUUUUAAAUAUAAGUAGGACGAUAUUAAAUUUGUGCGUAUAAAGUACAAAAAAGUGCGUACUUACUUGUAGUUGUAGAUCUUUUAAAAAUGUAUGAAAAUUUAUAUCCAGUGGCCGUACAUUUAAUUACUAGAUGACAACAGUAAUUAAUUUGUAAUAAUUAUUGUUAUAUUUUUAAAUAUACAGAGAACUUUUUAUUGUUAAAAUUAAUGUGAUACAGUUUUAGUUUAUUUUUUUAUGACUGUGACAAACUGGACAUUGGUUCAACAUUAUAACAAUUUGCUUCUUGCAUUCACACUUUUUUCUAGUUUUGUUUUAUUUCAAUAUAUAUAUUAUUUUCCAUUCAG